AUGAACCUGUCAUCAAAUUCAAAACCAUGCUUCAAUGGCUGUUUCCCAUCUCCAUUAUCCCUUGUCUCUGCCGAAUCCAGUGACACUCCCAAACCCAGAUUCAGCAACGUAGCUUUAUCAAACCAAGAAUUCGCAGAAUCAAUUUAUUCCACUCUUUACCCUCACACAUACUUCACCAACCACGAAACUCUACCUACUCUUCAAGAUUCAUACUCCAACUUCAUCAAAGCGUUCCCAAAAUUUCCCAACACUUUUAAAAUCGACGAGAUUCGUUCCCAAGAGUACCAUCACCUCACUUUCUCUAACACUUGCUUCGAUUACACAGGCAACGGUCUCUUCUCCUACGCGCAACAACAAAGAUCACUACUCUCCACAACUUCACUUGCUGCUGCUUCUUCUUCUUCGUCCAUGUUUGCAACCACGGAACCAUUAUCGUUCUUUGACGUAUCGUACAAGUCAGUUACUUUGCCUUCACAGAUUCUUUACGGGGGCCACGACACUGAGCUAGAGUUGAGAAUGAGCGAAAGGAUCAUGAGAUUCAUGAACGUAUCAGAAUCCGAAUACACGCUAGUUUUCACUGCCAAUGAGGUCUCUGCUUUCAAAAUUUUGGCCAAUUCUUUUCAGUUUCAUCCAAACGGAGAGCUUCUUACAGUUUAUGAUCAUAGCAGCGAGGCAUUGGAAACGAUGAUACAAGUAUGUAAGAAUCAAGGCGUGACCGCGCUCUCGGCUGAAUUCUCGUGGCCGAGUCUGAAAAUGAAUUGGCGAAAACUGAAGAAGAAAAUCAUAGCCAACAAGAUAAUAAAGAAUAACAAUGGUAAUAAUAACAAUAAGGGUCUGUUCGUUUUCCCUCUCCGUUCGAGGGUUACCGGGACGCCGCAUUCCUAUGUUUGGAUGUCGAUGGCGCAAGAGAAAGGGUGGCGCGUGUUGCUUGAUGCUUGUUCCAUGAGGCCUAAGGAAACAAGCUCGUUAGGGUUGUCCAUGUUCAAGCCAGAUUUCAUGAUUUGUUCUUUCUAUAAAGUGUUUGGUGAGAAUCCAUCUGGGUUUGGGUGCUUGUUUGUCAAGAAAUCUAGCAUCUGUUCGCUGAAAGAUUCUUGCAAUGAUUCAGCUCUAGGAAUUGUGAGCCUUGUCCCUGCAUUUAAGAAACAAAAUUUGUCAUUCAUUGCUGCUGCUGAUGUUGAUGAUGAAGAAAAUGAACCAAAACCAAAAGACCAGUGUUCCAAUUCAAAUUCAGUUCUGAAAUUGGACUCAUUCAACUCUGGGAAGAGAUUUGGCCACAUGAUUGAUACUUUCGGUUCUGAAUGCAGAGGAUUGGACCAUGCAGACUCGGUGGGGCUAAUGUUGAUUAAUUGCAGGGCCAGGAUCUACGGCCCAAACAUAAGUUCACACCGUGGGCCUGCAGUGGCAUUCAACAUAUUUGAUUGGAAAGGGGAAAAGAUUGAUCCUAAACUAGUGCAGAAACUAGCUGACAGGAACAAUAUCUCAUUGGGUUCUGCAUUUUUACGUAAUAUGAAGUUAGACAAGAAUCAAGAGGAGGAGCAACGAGCCUUGGAAUCUAGCGCUUCUGAUGAUUAUAGGCCGGGCCUGUACAAGAAGAGAGAUAGUCAUGGGCUUGGCCCUGGGAUAUUCGUGGUGACUUCUACACUUGGUUUCUUGACAAACUUUGAAGAUGUUUACAGAUUGUGGGCUUUUAUUUCAAGGUUUCUUGAUGCAGAUUUUGUGGAGAAAGAGACAUGGAGAUAUGUAGCUCUUAAUCAAAAGACAAUUGAUAUAUGA